GCGUGACUGGCAUUGGCGAUAUCUAAUGGACUCCGGCGGGCGGACCUCGCGCUGCGUGGGGCCGGGCGGGAACGGCGGCACAGCGAGCCAGGAGGCGCCGGGCAGCGGGCGACAUGUUCCAGGGCCUGGAGAGCGAAGGCAGCCGGGCCGGCUCCAGGGCCAUGAAGCCCCCGGGAGGAGAGGCCAGCAAUCUCUUUGGAAGUCCAGAAGAAGCUGCUCCUUCAAGCAGGCCCAAUAGGAUGGCAUCUAAUAUUUUUGGACCAACUGAAGAGCCUCAGAACAUACCUAAGAGGACCAAUCCCCCAGGGGGGAAAGGAAGCGGUAUCUUUGACGAAUCCACGCCUGUGCAGACGCGACAACGUCUCAACCCACCCGGUGGGAAGACCAGUGAUAUCUUUGGGUCCCCAGUUGCUGCUACGUCGCCUUCAGCACACCCAAACAAACCCAAGGACCACGUGUUCUUGUGCGAAGGAGAAGACCCAAAGUCGGCCCCUAAAGCCGCAGCCAGCACCUCGCCAGGAGAAGAGCUGGGGCAGAAGGGCGGCCCUGGAGACGCAGGCCGCACCCAGCAGCCUGUGCCCAUGCCCACAGCUGACAGCCACGAGCCCAGGUUGGGCCCCCGCCCUCGUUCUCACAACAAAGUCCUGAACCCGCCUGGAGGCAAAUCCAGUAUCUCCUUCUACUAAGAGGGGCUGCCGCUUCCCCUGUAGCCAGACAAAACACCGGAGAGAUAGGAUUUCAAAUACUGUAGUCUUGUAGCCCAAAGGAGCCGGGUGGGGAGAGGGUCUGUUGUGUAUCUGAAGCCGCAGCUCGGGCACGUGGCCAUCCCAGAGCCGCGGAGGACCUCACCUUCCAGACUGCCGGGAGACCUGUCUUGGUGGGUAGAAGACGGGACUUGCUUGUAACUGCAGACGUGACGGGGCUCUGCGAGGGGCGCGGGGGCCAGUGGGGCCGGGCCACGGUGAGUCCUGGUGGCAUGGGGUUGCCCUCGGCCUUGCCGCGCUGGCACUCUGCUGGCCGGCCGGGGGUCCAGAAAUCACUAACACGGCAGCAGAGUUUAAAUUUAAAGCCUUGGCAAGAAAAUCAAACACAACAUGUGUGUUGCCGUGGGAUACAGGAGCAAGGUGUUGGCCAGGACACUACGGGCGGGGACUGGUGGGGGUGGGGUCUUUGGGUGGCUGGCCCCUCAGAUCCUCAGCCCGUUGACCGCAGGACGGUUCCCGUGCCUGCCGCUGUGGCCCCCCGGUGCCUCCUUUGCCAUCAGCCCCAGCGUGUGGCUCCGCACAUUUCCUGACACGUCAGUUGCUUGUGUUCGGCAGCUGUCAGCAGAAACCAAAAAGUCGUUCUCAGUCUCACGCUUUGUGGCAGCAUUUUGAGGUGCUCCGUGUCUGCCAUCCAGACGCUUGGCCAUGCGCAGGCUGGUUUCACUGUGAUUUGUCCCCUCUUUUCCUCAGCGGCCUCCAUGCUAGGUCCGUGCCCAUCACCAGCCAGGCGGACAGACCCCUUCUCAAGUCAGAUCUUCCUGUUGGCCAGCCCCCCUGACUUCUGCAGCUUUAAAACUGUCCACAUGCAUCCAGACAGCGGGUUACUUAAAUCCUUCCUACAUCUUUAGUCCUGUUGACGGUGGGAGGAAGCAGUGCUCCUGAACCUUGGGUUCUUAGGUUUGAAUCUUUAAUAAUAUCUAAAGAGCUAUUAUAAAUUCCCAGCUUUACAUAAGUGACUGUGGACGCUGAUCUGUUUCUGACACCUUUCUAGGAAAAAGUCACUUGCUCAGGUAGAGUAAAGAGGAAGCAAAGUUUGCUUAGCUGCUCUUUAUAAAGCUUUGCAGAACCUCCGGACCAUGUUCAGUUUCCAGAGGAAACCUGGAGACCUUGGGCCAGAAGAUGAAAUUGUUCGAUAGCGAAGUCUCAACUGGCCAAUUCCGUGCUACUCGCCAGCUGAGAUAACGGGCUGGCCAGGGUCCCGUCGCUCUGAUCUGUCGGGCGAAGGCUUCUCCCGCCUGCCCCUACAGGGCUACAUUCUCUGUUCUUAGAUCACUCACAUUGGACCAACAGCUCACAGGGGACAGGGUUUGGGUGAGGGUACCUGUCAGUACGAGUGCCUACAAAGCCAGUGCCAUGUGCUAAAAACACCUGCAUCCUUGUCACAGUGUAGAAAAGCAACAACGCUGGGUUCAGUCACACCCACCGUGGCCUAGACACCGAAGUGCCUGCGGGAGCCACCUGCCGAGCUCCACUCUUACACCUGGUGCACGUGGCUUUGUCAACCAAAGACCGUUUUCCCCCUUUCAACUGCCCUGUGCUCUCUGGAGCCAAGAAACUCAUUCCAUGCAACUCUUCCUGUCUCGUGCAAGUACUUCCUGUCUCCACCUUUCAAAUGGCCAUUUAUAGGAAAGUUGGUUGGAACUCAGAGCAUCUUCCCCCCCCCCCCCCAUUAAAAAAUGUCGUAAAUGGUGGUUAGGGCUUAAGCCCAAACACACGUUAACGUGCUUAACGCAGUGUUCUCGUGGUAGAAAUGAAGUACCAUUUAUGACUCUGUCUUGUGGUUUUCAGUGUGCAAGAAACCGAUUUGUGAAUUCCAAAUUGGAUUGCCAGGAACCCUGAUACCGUAGUGCUGGCCCCUGUGGCUUCACCCCUGCCCUCGCUGCCCACCCAGCGAGAGGAAGCAAGGAGGAGCUCUCUACUUCUGUCCACCUGCAGGGAUCUCAGGCACAGAUGGGGGGGGGGGUAUGGGUGGGAAUGGAGGGAAACCAGAACUGUAGCCAGAGCCUCUGUGCAGUGGAGACAGACGCGCUGCCUUUGAUCUCCAUCCUUCCCUCCCUGGGGCCGCAGAAACAAGUUUAGGGUGCCCGGUGGUCUGGUCACUGGGAGGAGCAGGAGAGGCCUUUCUGCUCCUGUGAGCCAGUGGGGUGGCCAUUCCUAUGUGGAAAAUGCUCUGUAACUGGGGACUGCCUGUAUUUGGAAGAUUCAUUAACUCAGCAUCCUGUUUUCAAUCUCUAAGCUGCAUUGAGAAGUUAUGUCUGUAUUUUUAUUAAGCCUUAAAAUUUUUUUUAUGUGCAUUUGGUGCCAACUUUUUUCUAGAGCUGUAUCAAAAACGAGAAGUCUGUACUCACAGCACAAUGUAGUUUUGAUAGGGGCAUCUUGUUACAAAGCAGGACUGGGUAUACACGUCGAAUUAAACUUCGCAAUCACGUA